CAGAAUAUGUAGGGGUAUAGUUGGCAGAUAAAAGAUGUGCAGGGUAUACAGUUAGGAGAAAGCAAAGUUAUUCUGGGGAGAGAGAGGAAGGUGAGUGAGGGUGGGAGUCUCAAUAUUAAGAAUAUUUUGUGGGUUGGUUAAGGAAGAGUCAGGGGAGGAACAGACAGAACAGGGAGAGACAUAUCAGUAACUCCAGGCAAUUACAGGAGGUGUCCGGCUCAGUAGAUCCCGUGUGUCCCUAUGUGCCCCCCCCUGGAAUACAAUUAUACACGGGCAGCCCUCCAGCCAUCAGCUGUGAUAGACAGGGAACCCCCUCCCUAAUCAUUUAGAGGAGCUUCCCUCCCACUCACACACAGGCAGCACCUCCCUCCUUAUUUAUACAUUUACACUCAUCUGUAAUAAACGGGAUCCUAUAUAUAACCGACCAGUCAUACAGGGGACUUGCCCCCUAAACUUCAGGCAGCCCUCCAUCCCCCAAUCACAUAGAGAACUGUGACUGUCUUCUCUCUCCCAGGACUCUCCUCCCCUGGAUACACCAGGCUGGGGCCGCUCUGUGUAACUCACCGCUCAGCUAAAUCCCCUCUGCUCCGCGAUCCACAGUCUGACCUCCGGCUCCAGAAUUAAACCUCUCGCGAGCGCCCCCUGCAGCCCAUUCUGUGCAGUGACCUGUCUCCCGGUGCCCCGCACGCAACACUAUUAGUCCCGAGUCUCACAGCGGAGUAAGGAGAAGGCGAGGGACAGAGCUCGCACCGCGGAACCGACCCAGGGGCCCCGCCACAGACAGGCCAAUGUGUGAGAGAGGGGCCACGAGAGUUUGCCUGUGUCUGGGCUGCCUCUUACUUCUGCUCUCCCUGGGACUGGCUUGGACUUACCGAGAGGAGCUGGAGACAGACAGGGAAGUUUGCUCGGAGAAUAAAAUCACGACGACUAAAUACCCGUGUGUGAAGCCAACAGGAGAAUUAGCCACGUGCUUCAGGAAAAAAUGCUGCAAAGGAUAUAAAUUCGUCCUGGGUCAGUGCAUUCCAGAAGACUAUGAUGUUUGUUCAGAGGCACCAUGUGAGCAGCAGUGCACAGACAACUUUGGGAGAGUCCUGUGUACGUGUUAUCCUGGGUACCUGUAUGACCGGGAGAGGCACAAGAACAGAGAGAAGCCCUAUUGCUUAGAUAUUGAUGAGUGCGCCUCCAAGAACGAGACGGUUUGCUCUCAUAUCUGCAUCAAUACCCCGGGGAGUUACAGAUGUGAGUGUCCUGAGGGCUACUCCCUGGAGGAAGAUGGGAAAACCUGUACAAAGGGAUCACAAGGAGAUUUCGAGAAAUCCAACAAUGUGAUGAAGGCCGGGGUCUGCUCGGAGACGUGCAAGGAUUUCCACCAAAUAAAACAGACCGUUUUACAGCUCAAGCAAAAGCUUGCUUUUCUCCCAAACAGUGUAUUGGAAUCCAGCAAACAUAUAACUGCUGAGAAGGUGUUGGCCUCUACCACAUACGUGCAGGGUCCUCCUGGCUUACCUGGUGCACAAGGACCCCCAGGAUUACCUGGACCGAAAGGAAGUGAGGGUCAACCUGGGAUACCGGGACCUCCUGGCCCACCGGGUCCAAGAGGAUUGAUGGGUCCAGUUGGGCCGUCUCCCGAAAUCUCUCACCACAAACAAGGCCGGAGAGGCCCCCUUGGACCACCAGGGGCACCAGGAAAGGAUGGCACAAAGGGAGACAGAGGUGCUCCGGGACCAAGAGGACCUCCGGGCCCACCAGGUUCCUUUGACUUCCUGCUCCUGAUGAUGGCAGACAUAAGGAACGACAUUGCCGAAUUACAGGACAGAGUCUUUGGACGCAGGACACAUUCUUCAGCAGAAGAGUUUCCCUUACCUCACGAGUUUACAAACCAUCACGAUUCAGUGGACUUUGGUUCAGGAGAGGACUAUAAACACAGAACUGUAUCAAAGAACCUAAGAACAGACAAAUCCAGCCGCCAUUAACUGCCGCAACUCCAGACGGAAAUAACUUUAUAUUUUUUUCUCAAUGUAUAAAAAAAAAAAAGAUGCACUGAAAAUGUAAAGAGUAUCUAUUUUUGACUUUUGAAUUUAUUGUUAUUAAUAUUAUUAUUUUGUAUUAUUGUGUUGCUUCGCCAUUGUGAAAAUGUAGCCAGAAUCCCUCUAUGGAAUAUCCAGAUUCUACAGCUCCCAUUGGCCAGAGGUGAAAGACAAACACACAAAAAUGGAAGAUUACAACUAUAAAUAUGGGCCCCUAAAUAUUUUAUAUAUUUGAUAAUUGGCUGGCAGAUGAUACAGUAUAUAUAUAUGUUUGACUUGCAUAUGUAGCAUUAUAUUGCAAACCACAAGUAAAGAGAGGUCAAUAGUGAUAGGCGAAUAAAUUCGCCUGGCACUAAUUUGCCAGGCGAAUUUUCACAAAAAUUUUUUGUGAAAAUGGCCGAAUUUCAAAUUUUUUUCGUGAAAAUGUCCGAAUUCUGCAAUUUUUACGUGAACUUUUCCGAUUUCACGAUUUAUUUUGUGAAUUUUUCGCCGUUUCGCGAAAUUUGCCCAAAACUAGAGGUCAACGUUGUCUGUUUAUUCCAUGUAAUGGUUUAUGUUAAGAUGGAGCUGCCUGUAGGGGGUCUGAGCAGGGGUGACUGCCAUGGAGCCCCUCAGAAAAACAAUGUUAUAUGGAAAAAUGUGAAAACAUUUAACCUCUCUCCACAAAAACUUCAUAUCAAUAAUGCUUAAAGGAAACUUAAACCAUCCACCGAAUUCGAAACUGCUGGCCAGUACAGUCGCCUGAAAAUGAAUCUCUUGAGGAAAAAAGCAUCUUGUCGUGUUACUCUAAUUAGAAAAUAAAGUUAGUGAGAAGAGAAGAGUCAUACAAUCUGUCUCAGGUCAAUUCUAAGCAGAUCAACACCACAAAAUGUUUCUUUUCUCAAGAAAUUAAUUUUUAUCAGUUGGAUAAAAUGACCAGCAGGUGGGGUAUUGUUUUACAUUCAUUGUAUUAGUAGUUUAAAAUCUGACAUUAUCUUGAAAACGAGAACUAUAGUGAGCUAUUUUAAAUAAAUUUGUUUUGAUGGUUCUUUAGUCACUGUUGAAGUACAAAAAUCAGCAUCUGCGGCUGUCAGAAGAUUCCAGGACUUGCUGAGUAAUCAAUGAAGAUGUUUCACUACUCAUCCGAGCAGCUUCUU